CUUUCGUUUUACAACUUGUCUUAUUUCCGUGAGUUUUUGUUUCGAAUGGUAAUCAAUAGAGGAAAGUAACUAAAAUCGUGUCGAAGUUCACCAUCUUUAGGUGGAACUAUCAGCUGACAUUUCAUAAAAAAGAAUGGAAAACCUCGUCAGAGCUGUGUUCAGCAAUGGAAGAUGGGAAAAUCCUAAAGAGUUUGACACAUGGAAAAUUCCUGGAAAAUUAGAGUUCUUAAAGAUGAGGCUAGUAGACAAAGACCACAGUGACAUUCCUUCAGAUCCAAAGAAACUGGAUGAAACUUUGCCAGUGGUACCGGUGGAUUUCGAAAAGCUGAAAAACCCUGACCCCAAGAGUAUACAGAUUCUAUGGAUCGGCCAUGCCACUGUGUUUGUACAAAUGGAGGGAGUCAACAUUCUGUGCGACCCUUUAUUUAGUGAACGUUGCAGCCCUACAUUCAAGGUCGGUGGCAUGGAACUACUGAAGCACUUUGGAUACAAGAGAUAUCGACCAGUCCCCUGUAAAAUCAGAGAUCUCCCGCGUGUAGAUGUGGUACUGAUCAGUCACGACCAUUACGACCAUCUAGACACCGAAUCCAUCAUGGAAGUGAAGGAGAAAUUUCCCAAGGCGAAAUAUUACGUCCCUAUGGGUUUGAAGGAGUGGUUUACCAGCUGUGGUUGUGUGGAGGCUAACAUUGAGGAGAGACAGUGGUGGGAGGAGAUUCAGCACCCCCUGCCCGGACAGACGAACCAGAAUCUUACCUUUGCUUGUACCCCCGCUCAGCACUGGUGUACAAGGAAUGGAAUGUUAGACCAGAAUAAGAGACUGUGGUGCAGCUGGGCUGUGAAAGGACCAACCCAUUCAUUCUAUUUUGGUGGAGAUACAGGGUAUAACAAAAUUGCCUUCCAGCAGAUUGGAGAGAAAUAUGGACCCUUCUCACUCAGUGCUUUGCCGAUUGGAGCCUAUGAACCAAGGUGGUUUAUGCAUCCUCAGCAUGUCAGUCCAGAGGAAUCUGUAGAGAUCCAUAAAGAAAUCAAAUCAAAGUUUACCUUAGGCGUCCACUGGGGUACUUUCAAACAGAUGGGGUGCUUUGAGUACUAUUUGGAGCCUCCAGAACUUGUGAAAAAACAUCUUGAAAAAUUAAAUCUACCGGCCAGGAGUUUCCGGACCAUUAAUCAUGGAGAGGUGUGGACCAUCUCCACAGAGGAGGUCAAUUCCUAAACCAUUUCGUGUUCGCCAUGUUCAUAACAGAAAAUUAUGAAGUUUGAAUUUUUUUCUUACCUUUUUUUUUUUUUAAUUUAUUUUGCUUCUUGCAAAUUUGUUAUAUUUCUUACAGAAAAUUUAAAAUGUCAGUUGUAUUUUUGUACUAGCAUUUAAUGAAUUGUUUUCAGAUUGAUAUGCAUGCACAUUGUAAUUGGAUAUUUUGGUUAUUAUUUCAUGUACUUACAAUGCUGUAGUUAGAAAGGAUAAAUUAGCAAUGUAAGGUUUUUUUUCUGGAAAAUAUUAUGUGAAUACUGGCACUACAAAAAAAAGUUUAUGAACUUGAUUUAAAAAAGAAUUGAUUUUGAAUAUAUUACUUUGUUAUAUUUAAUCAUUAAGAUUCUAUCACUUGAUAUUAAUAUCCGACUCUAAACACUGUCAAAUAGUCAUUAGUAUAUUUAAAUGAAAUUAUUAAUCAAACAUUGGUGAAGGUUGUUGUUUAAUAAGGAUCGUGACAUAUAUACAUAUAUGACCCGGCAUGCUUUCCUUCGAAAUUUUCUUUACAGAAACUAUACUAUAUAGAGCACUUUUGAAGAAUGUUUCGUAUGCAAAUGAAAUAAAACUGACAGUGUACUCAUGUGUAUCGAAGAUUUGGCAAGAUACUAAUUUAUUAAUAAAUGUGUAAAUUUUUGUUUUUGACUAAUACAUAUAGUCCAUGCAGUUAAAAAAAAAAUUAAUAUUCAAAUUUACAAUGUUGCAAGCACCACUAAAAAAUCUUAAUUUAUGAUUAAGUCUAGAACAGUUGAAGACUGUAUGAUCAUGUGUUUCUGGUGGUACAACUGGACUCCAGCCAGUUGUAGGUUGUAGUAUAUGUCUGACAGUGCAUCAAGUUGAGUCAUGAAAUUUAUGGUUUCUGUCAUUUUAUUUAGAAUAAAAUAUCUGAUGAAAUUAUAUAUAUGUGUGUGAAUGACUUUUUACUUUAAAUAUUAUUUCAAUUUUUUUUUAAUUUAAAUGAUAACCUUUUGUAAAAUCUUUUGUUUUUUUUCACAUGUAUAAUAAUCAUGUUUAAAUUUGCAAAAUUAGAUACAUGUUUACCAUUAGACAUGUACUUAUGUGUGAUGCAUUCUGUUAUUGAGUAGCAUUGUAGUGAUCAGAAUAUAAUAGAUAGUAUAAAGACAAGGAGUUUAAUAAGUAAUAAUGCAUCAAAUGAAAUGAGUGCAAUAUUUUUUUUGUUUUGUGCAUGAGAACUCAAAGUUUAAAAUCUAGGGUGUUAUAUGAUUAGAUUAAAACAGUUAUAGAUAAGUGUUUUCUGAUUUCAUUACAGUAACUGUUUAAAGUAUACUUUUUUAUGACUAUAUCAUUUUUUUUUAGUUUUGUAACUUUUGUUUGUUAAAAAAACAGAGAAAACAAUGUUUGGUGUGUAAUUUACCUGUAAGAACUGAUUAUUCCUUGUAUUGUUUUUUUUUUUUUUUAUACCAAUUCAUUUGUUACAUAUUGUUAUUUGCCUCAGUUAAUCUUGCUAAUAUUAGUGCAUUAAAACUAUUUUG